CGGAAGUGGUCGGAGUGAGACAUCACCAGGUCCAAAUAUCUCUGACCGACCGACAGACAGACAACAGCGCUCUACACACCCUGCUGUUAUCUGGUGACACGGCUCAGCGUGGGGGAGACAUGGAAGACGACGUCCUGACGACGCUGAAGAUCCUGAUCAUCGGAGAGAGUGGAGUGGGGAAGUCCAGCCUCCUCUUAAGAUUCACAGAUGACACGUUUGACCCAGAACAAUCAGCUACAAUAGGUGUUGACUUCAAAGUGAAGACCAUUUGUGUGGAUGACAACAAGGCAAAGUUGGCAAUAUGGGACACGGCUGGACAGGAGCGCUUUCGAACCCUAACUCCGAGUUACUACCGUGGGGCCCAGGGAGUCAUCCUGGUGUACGAUGUCACGCGACGCGAGACAUUCACCAAGCUGGACAACUGGCUCAAUGAGCUGGAGACAUACUGUACAAGGAACGACCUCGUCAAGAUGCUGGUGGGAAACAAAAUUGAUAAGGAAAACCACGAGUUAGACCGGGCCGAAGGGCUGAAGUUUGCAAGAAAACAUUCCAUGCUUUUUAUAGAGGCAAGUGCAAAGACGAAGGACGGAGUCCAGUGUGCGUUUGAGGAGCUGGUGGAGAAGAUCAUCCAGACCCCGGGCCUGUGGCAGAGCGACAACCACGGCCGAGCCGUGCAGCUCACGGACGAGGACAUCGGAGGGGGAUCCUGCGGCGGCUACUGCUCCCUGGUUUAGACGAUAACGCUCAACACGCUCAUACGUCCCAGAAAAAAAGCUUCAAACACACAUCCACUCGAGAGAUUAACCCCCCUCCCAUCGUGUCUCGGUUCUCCCAGACGUGAAAGCCAUCCAGGUCUGACUGCUCUCCCUUCGCUGGGAGUCAAGGGUUGACUGUCCAACACACUAAGACACUACUUUUGCACAAUUUCUUAUAGCAACGCUGCACUAAAACGCUAAACUGCUCGGCCUUCGUUUGUGCAGUUGUAGAAGCUUGGUCAAAGUAUUAACCAUUCUUAGUUCCUACUCAUGAGUUAUUACAGCAGUACAGUCCGAUGAGUCCAAACAUUCAUGCCAAAUAUAUAGAUCUAUAUGCCCAAGUAUCAGAAGUAAUAAUGAGGAUGAUAAUGGCAACAUUUUGACCGAGGCUUCUCAAGUCUCCAGCAUGCUCUUCUUCAUUUCUAUGGCACCUUGCAUUUUAGCGAGCAUAUCUGUAUGAACGCAGGGCCAAGUGUUCCUCUAGUGUUUGUCUUUCCCCUGCUCUGCUUCAUCCCCCCCCUUCCCGUCCGAUAGACUGAACGUUACGCUGCUUAUGAAGACGCUUAUCGAGCCGAGCCGCGCUGUAUUCCGCCUCGCCAGCCUCAGUCGGAGGCUCGGAUCGUGUGUCUCCGCUGACCACUCAGCUGCCUCAUUUUCUUUUCCAAGUGUUUGGAAUGGUGUUUGAUUUCUUUUAUUGACUCAGACUUCAAACUUUUUCGCUGUGUUUUUGAAAGUGCAUAAAUCAAAGGAACUGGCACCAGCGAGCUUUCCACUGGUUGCUGAAAAAGAGGGAACUCUUAAAAUUGCACGCCUUUUUUUUUUUUUUUUUUUUUUUUCUUGUAGUAACGAGUUGCUUUAAUUGAGUGCGACUUGCUGGCAUUCGCUCACUCAGACAGAUAAUAUCGGUAAUAUCACUGGCACUGCCUCCGGUCUCUCAAAUAGAUCCCUUUGACUGGUCAGAGACAAAGGAAAAGUGUUCAAUAUUAAACAGGGCGGUGAGUCAUAAGGGUGUUUCCACAGUUUUUGGGGAAAAUCAAAGAAAAAGCUGUGUGCUUCUCACUGCUAAUGGAUUUAACAGCUCUCCCAUCUCUGUUAGUGUCUGAGAGAAAAAACGUCCCGCACCCCAGACCUCGGACCAUGUUUGUAGUAUUCCAGUGCUGGCGUGCAUUCUGGGAAAUGUAGUUCAACAGGAUUUGAUCUUGUAACAGGAUGGAAAAGUAUGUUUGACCGCAAGUAAUCGUUUUUAAAGGUUGUUUUAAUUGCAUGGGAAAUCUGUGUGCCAUUUUUUUUGUGUUUGUUUUGUUCAACAAAUAACUUUCAGAGGCUAUUUACUAUAAACUUUUAACUUCUAUUUAACUGAAAAUAAAACAUUGAAUAGACAAUAACCAUUGAAUUAAUUGGCGUAUUAAAACAAAAUUGAAGUAGGCUUUUGACUUAUUAAACUCAAAUUGCUGUCUUCUUUUUGUGGUGAGAAAUAUCUUAAGACAUGUAUACCUUGUAAAUUGUGUAUUUUAGUACUUUGUUGGGAUAUUUCCGGUACGACUUGUAAAGCUGAAUGUAAACAUAUUUCACUACAAACAAAAACCGCCUGAUGUAUUAAAACAAAAUAAACUUCUUUUUUUAAGCGA